ACAGUGAAACACUACCUUACCCAGCGCAAGGCGCAAGCCGUCGCUCCGUAUGAACGGUAUCUAUCAUUACGCCGUGCGGCCACCGAAUUUCCUUUGAAGUAAAAACAAAUAACGCUCCCCCCCGCCAUCCGGAACGAGGCCGACGGCGAGCCGCACCGCAGCAACAAUGCGUGACACUUUUAUUUACUCAACAUUGUUGUUAUGCUGAGAGCGCACGGGCAUCGGCAUCGCGAACUGCUGAUCGGUGUGUGCAUCGGCGCGCUGUGAGUGUGGUAUUAUGUGCAGGCGACGCCGCGACCGCAGUGCGCUUUGCGUCGAGUGAGCGAGGCGUCCGGACGACGGAGAAGCCGUUCAUCACGCUCAGCUUCCGACCGCUACGACCACCUCACGAAGAGCAAGUAACUGAAACGCUUCGGAGAUGCGGGCAAUAGCCGCGGCGGCCGACUAAUCGGCAAGGCAAAAAACACCGGUAAUCCGCGAAGAACGUGCAGAACUAAAGAAACCGAUACCAGAGAUUAAUUGUGCGAGUACAAAGAGAACCAACCUCCAGGUUACUAAAGAACUACAUACAGUAAAGCGGUGUAUAAUAUUAUAACAGAAAGUGUAUGCUGGUGUGUGAGUUGUCGACCCCGUGUCAAAAUAUCGUGCUUAUUGUGUGCGAAGUUGGGAUUUAAUUUUUUUGGCCGGGAUUCAGUGUGGUCAUCGUUACGUCAGGGGACUUCUUUUGGGUGAAAUCGACACUAGAAUCAUCGAGGAAUGUACGAACCCAAACCAGCAUAACUUUGAUUGGGUAGUAUGGAUAGCUUGCACGUGUCGGGGCAGCAACAAUCCAACAGCAAGGCGUCCAGCAGGAGCACAUCGCCUUGCCGGAUGCGCGCCACUGACCGAUCGGAACGAAGCGAACGUCCUGCCGACCACCAACCCUCGCAGCAACAGCCACAACAGCCUCAUCAGCCACAUCAUACGAAAUCGUUGAGUCACGGAUCGGCCGACAGCAAUAAGUCCGAUGGGGUAGGUCACACGCAAUCGCGUUGGCAUCAUCACCAUCGACAUCGGUCGCCCGGCGCGCCCACCUCUAGCACCACCGUGUCUCGCAUCGUCGCUGACAUGGACGAUUCGCACAAUCUGGACGACUCCAGCGCGCAGCUAGAGGCGGCCGACACGUCCGAUCUCGCCUACCCGUCGUCGUUCAUCUCCAACGGCAGCUCCGAGCAUGUCAAGCCAGAAGAUGAAGCCGACGCUAUGGGCGGCGGUGCCGCCGGCAACACCCGAACAAAUGCUACAAUUGAACAUUUAGGAAAUAAAAUAAUUAGAGUUAGGGAUUUAAUACGUACUGAGCAAAAACUAAGAGAUGAUAAUGUCAGUGAGUAUCUCAAAUUAGUUACGAACGCUGACAAGCAACAAGUGCAACGUAUUAAGGCUGUCUUUGAGAAGAAGAACCAGAAAAGCGCGCAGGUAAUAUCGCAGCUACAGAAGAAACUCGACAACUAUCAGAAGCGAUUGCACGAGUUGGAAACGCACGGUGUGGUACCGCAUCGUCCGCCACGGGAAGUACUACGCGACAUGGGGCAGGGGCUCAAGAAUGUUGGCGGCAACAUACGGGACGGAAUUAGUGGUUUUGGCGGCUCCGUCAUGUCCAAGCCACGGGAAUUCGCUCAUCUAAUCAAGAACAAAUUUGGCAGCGCGGAUAAUAUUAGCCAACUGUCAACGUGGUACAUAGGGCCGGGCACGACUGGAUCUGAGGGCAGUGGGACAAAUGGCGGCGCUGGCAGUGAUCAGGGCGAGAAAUCGCAUCACCAUCAUCAUCACAGUGGCUCGGCAACACUCCCCGCGACGUUGCAUUCGGCCAAUUCGAAUACUUCUAUGGGACAAAGUGUCCCGCAAAAGUUUCCGAGUGAGGAAGCAAGUGAAUGUAGUAGUGUAACUAGUGAAAGCAUCGAAAGAUACCAUGGAAGGGCUCAAGAAGCCGGAUCGACUCAAGACGUUAAAUGCAAUGCAAUGUAUAAACAAUUAGUAACCGUUCAGGAGGAGGUAGCCAUACUCAGAAAGAAAGUAGACAGUAGUAGCAAUUUGCAACACGACAUACAGUUCCUUAGCUCAUCUUUACAAGAGGAGCGUUUCAAAACAGAAAGACUUGAAGAGCAAAUCAACGACCUGACUGAACUGCAUCAGAACGAAGUGGAGAAUCUGAAACAAGCAAUGGCGGACAUGGAAGAAAAAGUGCAAUACCAAAGCGAGGAAAGAUUGCGAGAUAUUCACGAGAUUCUCGAACACUGUCAGACAAAAAUACAAAAAAUGGAACAUCAAGCGCUCCAGCAGCAGCAGUACGUGACGCUCGAGGGACUGGACAACUCGAAUGCGCGUGCAUUCGCCGUCAAAUUGAUAAACGUGCUGCUCACCGUGCUGCAGGUCGUGCUAUUGUUGGUGGCGACGGGUGCCGGCAUCAUCAUGCCAUUCCUACGUACGAGAGUGAGAAUUUUGACGACAAUGAGUAUUGUUUUUAUUGGCAUCUUCGUGUUGAGGCAGUGGCCGGAAGUGGCCGACAUUGGAUCGCACGUAAUGAAGCGACUCAAAGACAUGCUGGAUCCAGUCAAAUAGCAUUUACCGUUGUCCCUCAAAUAAUAACAAUUAACUAGAAGCAGUGAGGAAGGCGAACGUUACUCAGCCAAAUGCCACUCAACAACAACAAACCCCUGAAAGUAAUUUUAAGUUUAAUACUAUGCAAAGACAAAAAAUCGACUCUACAUCUCUCUUUUCAGUCUCUCUGUUUUACUAUUAUUUUAAUAUGUAGUAUUUAAUUUGAUACAUAGGGUUAUAUUUAUAUUGAAACUUAUUCAUCAUGAAAGGCAUCGUCACGUUGCGCUACACCAUCUUAUUUUUGCAUUAGAAAUGUAAAUUUAUAUUAAGUCAUAUCAUUUUAUAAUGUCUAUUGAAAACAAGUCAAAGCGAAUCGAAAACGCGACGCUUAUUCGUGAUUUAUCGUUUAUUUAUCGAAAUAGACACAUGAACAUAAAAGAGAUACGAUAUUUACAGGAAAGACAGCUAUUACUGCUGUAUAUUUGUAUUUCAAUUAAACAUUUUAAUUGACGUACAAUAAGUUUUAUUUAUUUUAUUUCAGUGAUGCGCCAAUAAUUGAUUCCAAUUGUUUACCCGAAGAGCAGAAACAUCCAUGUUAUUCUUAGAAGUUCUGUUUUGAGAACAUCGUGUCAAUAAGUGUAAAAAUGAUGGAACCAAUGUCGAAGGUUUGUGAUUUUUUGUUUGUGCAGUACAUUCAACUAAUAUUUGUGUCACAAUUCAAACAAUUUCUUGCUAUGAUCGGUGCUGUUAACAAUGCUGGGAAUCAAGUCUAAAUUUAUUGAUAAAUCUGAACAAUACUCAUUAUGGAAGCAUUUCAAAGUUUAGUUGGUUUAGUAUAAUCUGUUUUGUUCAGUGGUACUUAUCAUGGGUAAAGUUAUUUUAUAGAAACCAUUGCAUGUGAGCAUAAUAUGACAAAAAUACGAUACAACUAGUGAAAUUCCUAUUGUAAGUAAAAAAUUAUAUACCAGGCAUAACCAAAUGAAUUUUCCAUGCGAAAAUUGAAACGAGAUUUUAAUCAACAAGUCUCUUUUUUUUUUUGGUAAAAUAUUUAUUUUUAUUUACACUGAAAAUAAAUUAUGAUUUUGAGAACUUAUUGAUUGCAAUUGUAUUAAUAUAAAUUAUUGUGUAUUUUUUUUAGUACUUAGUUUAUAUUUUUAUUAUUGUAAAUAAAGUUUUCAAUUUUUA